UGUUCUUGGAACCAUCAACAACGGAUGGCAUAUCAUUAUCGAUGCAAGCCAGUCUCCAACUAGUUAACUAAGACAAGAAUGGAUUUUGAAAUUGCUACAACACCAGUUCAGGCAGAAAUUGAAUGUCAGCCGAAGCAGAAUGCUUCAAAUGAUGCAGCAAGUUAUACUGCAAAAGACUGUUCUCCAUCUAAUGAAACCAUUGAUAAGGAGGGUGCUGAGAAAUGCCAAUACUAUGAACAAUGUAUUCGUUUAGAAAGGUUGACACGUCGUCAGUUGAUAAUGCCACUGAUCGGCAGCGAUUUUUUGUUCAAAAUUUGCGUACAAGUUUAUGCACAAGUCUCAGAUGAGCUUUCUGAAAUUAAGUUUGAUCUGAAACGUUGGCAUAAAAUAAACUCGGUAAAACACCUUACGUAUGAGAAAGAAAAGACGAAUUUGUGGAAGGGCUGGCCAAACUAUGAAUUUACAGAAAGGACAGUUUGGACUGGAAAUCAGAAUGAAAACAUUGUCAACCAAGAAAAAUCUGAGAUUCAGCUAACUUACCCUGAUAAUGAUAAGGGCUCUCCGGAAAAUAGUAACACUUCUGCAGCAAAUGAGAAAGAGUUUGAUGAUGAAAUACAUGAUGAAAACGUUAUUCAUACUGAAGUUCCCCUUGAUGAUGUCUCUGGCGGGGAAUACUAUGAAGAAUAUAGUGUAAGAUGUAAUGAUGAUGAUGGCUUGGUGGACAGUCGUGACACUUCUGCAACUGAUGAGGAAGCUGUUGAUGAAAUACAUGAUGCGAACGUUAUUCCUACUGAAGUUCCCCUUGAUGAUGUCUCUGGCGGGGAAUACUAUGAAGAAGAUAGUGUAAGAUAUAUUGAUGAUGAUUGCUUGGUGGACAGUCGUGACACUUCUGCAACUGAUAGGGAAGCUGUUGAUGAAAUACAUGAUGCGAACGUUAUUCCUACUGAAGUUCCCCUUGAUGAUGUCUCUGGCGGGGAAUACUAUGAAGAAGAUAGUGUAAGUUGUAAUGAUAAUGAUUGCUUGGUGGACAGUCAUGACACUUCUGCAACUGAUAGGGAAGCUGUUGAUGAAAUACAUGAUGCACACAUUAUUCCUACUGAAGUUCCCCUUGAUGAUGUCUCUGGCGGGGAAUACUAUGAAGAAUAUAGUGUAAGAUGUAAUGAUGAUGAUUGCUUGGUGGACAGUCAUGACACUUCUUCAACUGAUGGGGAAGCUGUUGAUGAAAUACAUGAUGCACACAUUAUUCCUACUGAAGUUCCCCUUGAUGAUGUCUCUGACGGGGAAUACUAUGAAGAAUAUAGUGUAAGAUAUAUUGAUGAUGAUUGCUUGGUGGACAGUCGUGACACUUCUGCAACUGAUGGGGAAGCUGUUGAUGAAAUACAUGAUGCACACAUUAUUCCUACUGAAGCUCCCCUUGAUGAUGUCUCUGGCGGGGAAUGCUAUGAAGAAGAUAGUGUAAGAUGUAAUGAUGAUGAUUGCUUGGUGGACAGUCAUGACACUUCUGCAACUGAUAGGGAAGCUGUUGAUGAAAUACAUGAUGCAAACGUUAUUCCUACUGAAGUUCCCCUUGAUGAUGUCUCUGGCGGGGAAUACUAUGAAGAAUAUAGUGUAAGUUGUAAUGAUGAUGAUUGCUUGGUGGACAGUCAUGACACUUCUUCAACUGAUAGGGAAGCUGUUGAUGAAAUACAUGAUGCAAACGUUAUUCCUACUGAAGCUCCCCUUGAUGAUGUCUCUGGCGGGGAAUGCUAUGAAGAAGAUAGUGUAAGAUGUAAUGAUGAUGAUUGCUUGGUGGACAGUCAUGACACUUCUGCAACUGAUGGGGAAGCUGUUGAUGAAAUACAUGAUGCAAACGUUAUUCCUACUGAAGUUCCCCUUGAUGAAGUCUCUGGCGGGGAAUACUAUGAAGAAGAUAGUGUGAGAUGUAAUGAUGAUGAUUGCUUGGUGGACAAUCCUGAAACUUCCACUACUGAAGGCAUAGAGAUGGAUGAAAUCUCUAGUGGUGAGGAGGACCAUGAAAGAGAUACCCUUCCUCCUGAUUAUAGCCUCUUGGGUUAUGAUGAUACCAUGUACAAACGUUGCAGUACGUGGUGCAAAGAAAUGAUGGCGAAUGAUACGUGGGAGUUGACUUGCCCAAAAGAUGACUAUGACCACCGUGUUUUGAGGAAGGAUGUUGACGAAGUUGAAUGGUAUAGCCAAGUGGAUGAGUACUGUAACAUUGUUGACGGUUGCUCAGUUACUGAUCCCUACAAGUCCAAUUGUCCAAUGAUGUCAGGUAUGGACACCCAGGACCCACGAAGAGUUUACUUGUUCCAAGAACCAGAUGGCACCACUUCUAUCAAUGUUGUCCAGGCGUCUGCAGCAAGUGACGGCAGACAAAGCUUUUCAUCAGGUUUUCUCCUGUCUUGCCUUGCACUGGUCGCCUUCAUGCAGAAUAUGAAAAAGAAAGUCCCUUCAAACUUCGACAUUGGUGUGAAUAUGAUGAAAAGUAGUGGUACAUGGCCACCGGAGAAGACUUCCAGACCUCAUAUGGCAAUGAAGGACAUUGCCAUGAAGGCUGUAGCAUGGCUACUGAUAGGCUUUAUUUUAAGUAUUGCUGCUGCAUCUUCACCAAAUUACACAGCAAAUACUUUGAAGAAUGAGCUGAUCGAUUUUACAUCCUUGAAAGGCGGUUUUCUGGGUCUCAAGAGGGUCGAAUUGAAGAACAUUCUCUGCGACCAAGCUUCCCAAAUUUUGAGGAAAGCAGCUGCACCUCUUGAGGGUGACAUAAAAACGCUGAGCACCCUUCACUGGGAAAAUCCAUGGAAACUUCGAAAGAAGGAUUUUCUGAAAGAUGUCCUGAAUAUUCCUGACUGGAUCCAGCUUCCACUGCAGAUUAUAGAAGUCUGUCCCGUCUUUGAAAGGCGUGGAUAUGAAGAUGAAUUCACAAGACUUGCGUCGUUCAGUAGAUGUCCUGAGGAGAGAUGGUUACCAGCCGUCCCGUUGGCAGAGAAUGGUUUUUACUUUGAGCCCGAGUCUUCUGUUGUAUGCAAUUUUUGCAAAAACAAGAUGAACACCUGGCAAAACAGUUGGGAUCCAAAGCAGAAGCAUGUACCUAAUUGUCCAUUCUUGAAUGGUAAUGAUUGCGGUAAUAUUCGUAUGGAACCAUCCAGAGAAAUUGGGACGUACCAGCCUGCAAUUCAAUCAACCUUCGACGAGCUGCAGAUUCCACAACUUCAGAACAAAAACAAAGUUCUCCUGAGGAAUUCAACACGAUCUGUGGAAUCAUUCAAGAAUCCACAGCUACAAAAUGUACCUGAGAACCAAAUGGGAUCCUUAAGCAUAAAUGUCACUCAAGGUCAAGGACAGGAAGAUGAUGCGAUGGAAGAUGAACCCCAGCCAUCGACUUCAAAUUCGAAUUCAUCCCAACAGCAACAAGAAGGGGGAGGUGGACUGCGCUAUUUUGUCCAUUCCUAUGAUAAAAGUGGACGCCCAAUCAGUACCUCUCAGAAAAUGGAAUUCAACAGUACCGAGGAGAAAGCUAAUGCCUCCAUGAAGAAAGAGGCGGAUCGACUUGAAUCCUUCAACAAUGUCUGGAAGAAAGGAGAUGUCAUUUCACCUGAAGAGUUGGCCAAGUCUGGGUUCUACUACGCUGGAACUGGUGAUCGAGUCCGCUGCGCUUUUUGUAAUGGCGUGUUGCGCAAUUGGGCGGUUGGAGACCGGGCACCAGCUGAGCAUAGGCGUCACUACCCAACUUGUCCCUUUGUAUUGAAUCUGAAUGUUGGAAACGUACCCUCUUCCCAAGAUCUGAGUGGACUUCAAACAUCUACUGCUGCCACUACUAAUCACUCUGAACAAAAACGACAAGCUGCCCCAGCCCGAGGACAGCAAUCGGCACAAAGCAGUGGCCCUGGGGUUACCCCUCCGGCUAUUCCCGGGACGAUUUUGAUGCCAAAGCACUCUAACUUCAGAACUGUGGAGUCCCGUCUGCUGACAUAUGAUAAUUGGCCAUCCUCUAAUGUGCAAAGGCCAAAUGAACUCGCUGAGGCUGGAUUCUUCUUCACAGGCGCCAAUGAUAACGUGAGAUGCUUCCAUUGCGAUGGUGGUCUGCGUAACUGGCUCGACUCGGAUUUGCCUUGGAUUGAGCAUGCCAAGUGGUUCCCAAGAUGCGGCUUCUUGCAGAGAGCGAAGGGAGUCGAGUUUGUAUUAGAAGAGACUCGCAAACAUAACCAGCAGAACGUUACAACUGCCGUGGCCCAAAAUCGAGGUUCUACUGGAAUGACAACAACUACGACUCACGGUGUAGGAAUAGUGGAAAGGCCUACAACAGGUGUCCGAAGGGUGGAGGCUCGCGAAGUUAGGGCGAGGUUCGACACCGACAGUGUAAAGAUGGUCCUGGAUAUGGGAUACAAGGAAGCCGUCGUGAAAUAUGUCAUCUUGGAGCGUCUUAGAUACACUGGUGAUGACUUCCCCAGCACCCAAGAGAUGCUUGAAUCUGUCCUGGCUGAAGAUGCCAAUCUUGAAGAGAAAGGAAUCGCCUACUAUGAAAACAUUCUUCAACAGGAGUUUGGGAGGCCGAUGACAAUUGUUUACCCUCAACUGACAGGCAUCGGAGGACAAUUGGACAAUACAGCAGGGCCAUCUCCUGCACCUCCUAUGACCCAGAUGACAUCAGCUUCUCUAGAGAUUCCAGGUGAUGAAAAAUCUCUUGUGGAAGAAAAUCGCCAGCUGAAGGAGCAGACGACGUGUAAAAUCUGCAUGGAUAAUGAGGUCAGCAUGGUGUUCGUCCCCUGCGGUCACCUGGUAGCCUGCGCAGACUGUGCGCCUAACCUCCGGGAGUGUCCGAUAUGCAGACGCCCGAUUACAGGCACCAUCAGGACCUUCCUGUCGUAAAAACACUGUGUAAUCAGGAAUCUAACAGGAUGAACAUGCUCCUCCACUCACGAAAGUUUUUGAAGAAGAAAAUCGAGUAGACGACCAGUAUGCUGUUAAAUGUAUUGAUGUAGUACGAUGUAUGAUGUGUAAUUUUAGUUCAAGCUGGAUUCAACUUCAACAGAAUCAGUAUUGAAUCAGAUGGUGAAAACUGGUUAAAUGAGCCCAGAAUUAAUUCAUCACAGAAUAAGUUGAUAUGUUUUGUGGGAUGGCCUCCACAGAACUGACUUGUUCGUACUUGUUUCUUAGUACCCUGAACGAUCAUUGGGUAUUUUAAUGGCAGAGAGGGUGUCGUGUGGAGGUUGUUCCUUCAGGACUGUCUGACACUAGCUAGACUGUGCAGUACAUUAGUUAUAGCUUGUCCAGUCCGUAGGAAUUACGUGAAGGAGCCUGAUGAUCGUUUGACAAAAGGGAUCAAUCAUAAGCAAUCACUGACUGAAAUCGUUAUCCGAGUGUAAGUCGAUACCUGCCAUUCCAUAGCGCAAAGCCUUGGGCAAAGAGGCUUGGGUUGAAGAGGUCGACCUUGUGACUGAUUUUAUCAUAGAUGAGGACAUUAAAACUCUAAACGAGAGUUAGUAUGGAGUGAUACUCUUGUACCAGUUGGUAAGUAGGGCAAUGUUUUUUAUUGUGGUAUGGGAGCAAUUUCAUUAUUACCAAUCCUUGAAAUCGAAACGAGAUUAUUUGAGAGCUAUGAAAAGAGUGAAAUGUACUGUGGGCCAAGGUAGGUGUUUUUGUUUGGCUGUUUUUCGAGUCCUAAGAAGGUGACGCGUUAACUAUUCAUGAGAAAGGUAAGUACCAUUUAAGUUAUACAUUUUUACAAGUGCUCUAAAUAUGUUGUGAGAAGCUGUAUUUGUCCAUACCAAAUGACAAAUCUUUGCCAGAGAAACUUUCAGCAAUUGGAUAACAGAUUUCAUCUCCGAUGUUCUUCCUGCUGAGUUUGCUGUCGUAAUCUACUUUCGGCCUGGGACUGAGAGACCUGGUUACCUGAUUUCUGAUUCUAUCACUGCUAUCCCUCCUGGCGGAAUAACCAAUCCAGGGAUUUUGCCAAAAACCAGCAUCUUUGGACCACGUUUGAGAUGAUGUCAUUUUCAACAUGGAGUGGUUAUACAUGAAGGAAAUGUCAUUGACCCAAGUAAAAAAUGUGAUGUCAUUCUCUCUGCCAUUACCUUCGACAUAUCCCUUGUGCACUGAAACUUUAGUGCAAUGGGACUGGGGUUAACAUGGAAGCAAGUAGGAACUCUUGAUGAUCCCACAAGACCAUGAAUUGAGUUAUGUGACCAUUUACUGUUGCACAUCACUAUUGUAAUCCAGUUUGUUACCAUGUUUGUUAUCUAAUGAGGAACCUGCACAACGAAACCUGCCAAUAGAGGGCCCUGCAGGCAAGUGGACCAUGGUUGUAAUGAGAAAGCCAUUUCCCGGGUCAAUGAUUAUUGAAUAUUUCAUCCCUAAAUUACUCUAGAUGGAGAAAUAGCACCAAAAGUGUUGUUUCAUUGGUCCUUAAUUCUAUUUUGUUGAGUUUUAGUGAGAAAAUCUACAAAACUAAAUUUUAAUGGAAAAUGCACGGGAAGUGUACCUUUUAGUACUGGUGCUGCCAUCUGGAUUUUUAGUUCUGCAGGUUCCUCAUUGGUUGGGUACUUUACUCGCUCUCUCUGCUCCAUUCCUCGGAUCGUCUAGGACAUUCCGGAGGAAGACAAAGGCAGAAGCCUGUUUUCUGUGGACACGAUUUUCCUUUAUUCAACUAGGCUACAUGAUGCUUCUGUGCAUUCUCUAACUCUCUCUGCUGCGACUCUCUCUGACUGCGACUCUCUCUGACUGCGACUCUGAUUAUGACUUCUACAAACUCCCCGAAGGAAUCAGUUCCUCCAGCUUUUUAUACAAUUGUUAUGUUCAUAAAUUUUAACAAUCAAUCACCGCAAAUUCAUUAUAUAAUUCCAAUGCGUUUGGUCUGCCUGACUUAAAUAUACACUUUACUUUGGACAAUUUAACCAUAUCUGUUUACUUUUAAUUUUCAACGUGUAAGAAAUAAAAUAUAUUAUUAUAUGUUUACCAAAAUAUACCAUGGUUACCGAAAGAAAGAAAUAUUCCUUCUCGGUUUAAGUUCUCUUCCUCAUCAGAUGUAUUGUGUCAGACCUAGUUGUGUUAUUUUUAAAUGCUUUCAAAAAAAGCUAUAGUCACAUUUUAUAGAAUUUUUGGUAACAUCUAACAAGAUUGUUGGGGGAAGA